UUAGGAGUUGAAGUAGGAAGGGAGCAAGCAGGCCGAUGGCGCAAAGGUACGACGAGCUGCCCCACUACGGCGGCAUGGAGGGGGUGGGCAUCCCCAGCACCAUGUACGGGGACCCCCACGGCGCCCGCCCCAUGCAGCCCGUGCACCACCUCAACCACGGCCCGCCGCUCCACUCGCACCAGUACCCGCACGCCGCGCACGCCAACGCCAUGGCCCCCGCCAUGGGCGCCUCCGUCAACGACGCCCUCAAGAGAGAUAAGGAUGCCAUUUACGGACACCCCCUGUUCCCUCUUUUAGCACUGAUUUUUGAGAAAUGUGAAUUAGCUACGUGCACGCCCAGGGAGCCCGGGGUAGCGGGAGGCGAUGUUUGCUCCUCGGAGUCUUUCAAUGAAGAUAUUGCAGUGUUCGCCAAACAGAUACGAGCAGAAAAACCCCUAUUUUCUUCUAAUCCCGAACUGGAUAACUUGAUGAUUCAAGCCAUACAAGUAUUAAGGUUUCAUCUGUUGGAAUUAGAGAAGGUACACGAAUUAUGUGACAAUUUCUGCCACCGGUAUAUUAGCUGUUUGAAAGGAAAAAUGCCUAUCGAUUUGGUCAUAGACGAUAGAGAGGGCGGAUCAAAAUCGGACAGCGAAGACAUAACAAGAUCAGCGAAUCUAACAGAUCAGCCCUCCUGGAACCGCGACCACGACGACACGGCGUCGACGCGCUCCGGCGGCACGCCGGGCCCCUCCAGCGGCGGCCACACGUCGCACAGCGGCGACAACAGCAGCGAGCAAGGUGACGGCUUGGACAACAGUGUAGCUUCCCCCAGCACAGGUGAUGAUGAUGAUCCAGAUAAGGACAAAAAGCGACAUAAAAAGCGUGGCAUCUUUCCCAAAGUAGCCACAAAUAUCAUGAGGGCAUGGCUGUUCCAGCAUCUAACACACCCUUACCCCUCAGAAGAACAGAAAAAGCAGUUGGCACAAGACACAGGGCUCACUAUACUGCAAGUGAACAACUGGUUUAUUAACGCGAGAAGAAGAAUAGUUCAGCCCAUGAUAGACCAGUCCAACCGAGCAGUGAGCCAAGGAACGCCGUACAACCCCGACGGGCAGCCCAUGGGCGGCUUCGUGAUGGACGGGCAGCAGCACAUGGGCAUCAGAGCGCCAGGACCCAUGAGCGGAAUGGGCAUGAAUAUGGGCAUGGAGGGGCAGUGGCACUACAUGUAACCGCCACCGAGGGCACCAGUG